UUUGAUGUAAAAAGUUUUUAGUCGUAUAUGUGCAUAAUUAUUUAUUAAAAUCGUAUAAUAUAUGAGCUGUAAAAUAAAAGGUGUGAUUUGUAAACAGAUUCAGCGUCUAAUCCAGAAUUCUCCCUUCCUCUAACCGACGGCAGCAGAGCACAUGUUCGUCAAGGGAGCCCGUCAGUUGAUCGGGCUGCUCUCCCGUUCCCCAGGGAGUCGCCCUUUCCCAGCAAGACCCUCGCCAGGGCGGCCCUUCCACUUUCGCAGACAACUCGCCAGUUUGGGCUCGCUGCCGCAACUUACUAAGGAUCGAUACCCACACGUGAAAAGGGGAGAAUACGCCAACUUAGACAAACAGCAUGUGGGAUUCUUCAAGGAUCUUCUCGGACCCAAUCGAGUCAUCACGGAUAGUGACGAAUGCGAGGCCUUUAACGUCGACUGGAUAAAAGGAGUAAGAGGUUAUAGUCAGUGCGUUCUCAAACCCAAAUCUACUGAGGAAGUAUCAAAAAUUCUAUCUUAUUGUAAUGAGCAUCGAAUCGCCGUUUGUCCGCAAGGAGGUAAUACUGGGCUUGUUGGGGGAUCUGUUCCAGUUUUUGAUGAAGUGGUUUUGUGGACGGGACUUAUGAACGAAAUUGUGAAUUUAGACGAAACAUCAGGUGUUCUAACUUGUCAAGCUGGAUGUAUAUUAGAAAAUUUGGAAAGCUACGUAUCAGAGCGCGGUCUAAUGAUUCCUCUUGAUCUGGGAGCAAAAGGAUCCUGUCACAUUGGUGGAAAUGUUUCGACCAAUGCAGGUGGCUUGAGAUUAAUACGAUAUGGAAAUUUGCAUGGUAGUGUUUUAGGCAUAGAAGCGGUUAAAGCUAAUGGGGAAGUCGUGGACUGUUUAAGUACAUUAAAGAAAGACAAUACGGGAUAUCAUUUAAAACAUCUUUUUAUGGGAUCUGAAGGAACAUUAGGAAUCGUUACAAAAAUUGCAAUUAAUUGCCCUCCUAAACCAAAGGCUUAUAACGUGGCGUUUUUGGGUCUAAAUACUUUUGAAGAUGUUCUGAAAACUCUCAGAAAAGCCCGACAAGAGUUGGGAGAAAUCUUGGCAUCAUGUGAACUAAUAGACGACUUAAGCUUAGAUCUGGUAACCACUCAUCUGAAUGUUAAACCACCAUUCGAACCUUAUCCUUUUCAUAUGUUGAUCGAAACCCACGGUAGUAAGGCUGAACAUGAUGAAGAGAAAAUGAACAACUUCUUAGAAAAUAUAAUGGAAGAGGGAUUAGUAAUGAACGGAACAACUACUAACGAAGUAAAUAAAAUGAAGUCGAUAUGGGAUUUGAGGGAGAGAAUCACAGAAUCGCUUACAAGAGAUGGAUAUGUGUUUAAGUAUGAUAUUUCUCUUCCCACGGAACACUUUUACUCGCUAGUUCCAAUCAUGAGGGAAAGACUCGGAGACCUAUCCUUUAGAGUAUGUGGCUACGGACAUGUUGGUGACGGAAACAUCCAUCUUAAUAUUUCAGUACAUGAAUUUACAAAAGAAGUUCUAGAGCGAAUUGAGCCCUACAUUUACGAAGUGACAGCCAAAUAUAAGGGCAGUGUAAGCGCUGAGCAUGGCGUUGGAUUCAGAAAACCGAAAUAUAUCCAUUACUCUAAAACCAACGAGGCAAUAGCUCUAAUGAAACAGUUAAAGGUUUUAAUGGAUCCAAACGGUAUACUUAAUCCGUACAAAGUGUUGCCUCCCUAAUUACUGAGUUUUUUAUUUAUGAUUAAUUGGUGUAGGCUGGCUUGAAUAUUUGAUUUAAAAUAUAAGAAAACUGGGAAUGAUUCAGCAUUAGAUAAAAGUUUUAAUUGUCUUAAUUAAAGAUACAAUAUUGUCAAAUCAAGUCAAUUUAUGACACUAAGAAUUACUGCUACCAAAAUGAUGUCAAAAAAUGUUUUCUAUAAUCUAGUUACUUUAUUUUUCUAGUAUUCUACAGGAAGUGCUCUUGACAGAUUUAAUGUCUAUAGUCGAUUCACUAAGCUUGGAAAUACAUAUUGACAUAAUCACUGCCAGAAGCAUACAACACAAAAAUUCAUGUUCUUCGCUAGUAAUAGCUCAAAAAAUAAACUUAUAUUAAAAGAACUGUAGUAGGAGGCUGUGAAAAUUGAAAGCAUCUUUCUUGUUAAUGAUAUUAUAUGUAUAUAAGUUAAUUAUAAUAAAUAAAUAAAUAUAUUUUAA